GGAGCCCUGCUCAGAGUCUCUUUGGGUGGCCUGUGCCUGCUGGGUUCCUGCUGUGACCUCUCUCAAGAUGCCUGAGCCAGGGAAGAAACCAGUCUCCGCCUUCAGCAAGAAGCCACGGUCCGCAGAAGUGGCCGCCGGCAGCCCUGCCGUGUUCGAGGCCGAGACAGAGCGGGCGGGCCUGAAGGUGCGCUGGCAGCGGGCGGGCAGCGACAUCAGUGCCAGCGAGAAAUACAGCCUGGCAGCCGAGGGCACGCGGCACACGCUGACCGUGCGGGACGCGGGUCCCGCCGACCAGGGCUCCUACGCGGUCAUUGCUGGCUCCUCCAAGGUCAAGUUUGACCUCAAGGUCGUAGACGCAGGGAAAGCGGAGCCUGUGUCAGCCCCUGCUCCCGCCCCCACCGAGGCCCCUGCUCCCGCCCCCACCGAGGCCCCUGAAGCCCUGGGAGAGGCCCCAACCUCUGCCCCUGAGGUGGAAGCAGGCGCCCCUGGUCCUGAAGGUGAGAGGAGCGGGGCAGGGAGGCCAGGUCGGUGGAUGGGGGUGUCCCAGGGCAGGUCUCAAACGCCUCUGCCCACAGGGUCCAGCUCAGCGGCCCCUGAGGGCCCCAGUGCCCCUGGCGACCCCAUUGGCCUCUUUGUGAUGAGGCCACAGGACGGCGAGGUGACCGUGGGUGGCAGCAUCACCUUCUCGGCCCGCGUGGCCGGAGCCAGCCUCUUGAAACCACCUGUGGUCAAGUGGUUCAAGGGCAAGUGGGUGGACCUGAGCAGCAAGGUGGGGCAGCACCUGCAGCUGCGCGACAGCUACGAUCGGACCAGCAAGGUCUACCUAUUUGAGCUGCACAUCAUGGAUGCCCAGGCCUCCUUUGCCGGUGGUUACCGCUGUGAGGUGUCCACCAAGGACAAAUUUGACAGCUGCAACUUCAACCUCACUGUCCAUGAGGCUGUUGGCCCCGGAGAUGUGGACCUCCGAUCAACUUUCCGCCGCACGAGCCUGGCUGGAGGCGGUCGGCGCAUCAGCGACAGCCAUGAAGACACUGCGACUCUGGACUUCAGCUCGCUGCUGAGGAAGAGCAGUUUACGGACCCCGAGGCUGGAGGCCCCCGCUGAGGAGGACGUGUGGGAGAUCCUGCGGCAGGCACCCCCGUCGGAGUACGAGCGCAUCGCCUUCCAGCACGGAGUCACCGACCUGCGGGGCAUGCUCAAGAGGCUCAAGGGCAUAAAGCGGGACGAGAAGAAGAGCACAGCCUUUCAGAAGAAGCUGCAGCCGGCCUACCAGGUGAGCAAGGGCCACAAGAUCCGGCUGAUGGUGGAGCUGGCCGAUCCUGACGCCGAGGUCAAGUGGCUUAAGAACGGACAGGAGAUUCAGAUGAGUGGCAGGUACAUCUUCGAGUCCAUCGGCGCCAAGCGCACGCUGACCAUUAGCCAGUGCUCGCUGGCGGAUGACGCAGCCUACCAGUGUGUGGUGGGCGACGAGAAGUGCAGCACCGAGCUCUUCGUCAAAGAGCCCCCCGUGCUGAUCACGCGGCCGCUGGAGGACCAGCUGGUGAUGGUGGGACAGCGAGUGGAGUUUGAGUGUGAAGUGUCUGAGGAGGGGGCGCAGGUCAAAUGGCUGAAGGACGGGGUGGAGCUGACCCGGGAGGAGACCUUUAAAUACCGGUUCAAGAAGGAUGGUCAGAAGCACCACCUGAUCAUCAACGAGGCGACACUGGAGGACGCCGGGCACUACGCGCUGCGCACCAGUGGGGGUCAGGCUCUGGCCGAGCUCAUCGUGCAGGAGAAGAAGCUGGAGGUGUACCAGAGCAUCGCAGACUUGACGGUGGGCUCAAAGGACCAGGCUGUGUUCAAGUGUGAGGUGUCAGAUGAGAACGUGCGGGGAGUAUGGCUGAAGAACGGAAAGGAGCUGGUGCCUGACAGCCGCAUAAAGGUGUCCCACAUCGGGCGGGUCCACAAGCUGACCAUUGAUGACGUCACGCCUGCAGAUGAGGCAGACUACAGCUUUGUGCCGGAAGGCUUCGCCUGUAACCUGUCUGCCAAGCUCCACUUCAUGGAGGUCAAGAUUGACUUCGUGCCCAGGCAGGAACCUCCCAAGAUCCACCUGGACUGCCCAGGCCGCGUGCCGGACACCAUCGUGGUGGUGGCCGGGAAUAAGCUACGCCUGGACGUCCCUAUAUCCGGGGACCCUGCUCCCACUGUAAUUUGGCAGAAGACCAUCACAAAGGGGAAUAAGGUCGCAGCAGGGCCAGCCCCCGAUGCAACAGAGGAAUCAGGUGCCGGUGACGAGUGGGUGUUUGACAAGAAGCUGCUGUGUGAGACAGAGGGCCGGGUCCGAGUGGAGACCACCAAGGACCGCAGCAUCUUCACCGUCGAGGGGGCUGAGCAGGAGGACGAGGGCGUCUACGUGGUCACAGUGAAGAACCCUGUCGGGGAGGACCAAGUCAGCCUCACGGUCAAGGUCAUCGAUGUGCCGGAUGCUCCCGCGGCUCCUGAGAUCAGCAAGGUGGGCGAGGACUCGUGCACGGUGCGCUGGGAGCCCCCAGCCUACGAUGGCGGGCAGCCGGUCCUGGGGUACAUCCUGGAGCGCAAGAAGAAGAAGAGCUACCGGUGGAUGCGGCUGAACUUUGACCUGCUGCGGGAGCUGAGCCACGAGGCGCGGCGCAUGAUCGAGGGCGUGAUCUACGAGAUGCGGGUCUACGCAGUCAACGCCGUGGGCAUGUCCAGGCCCAGCCCCGCCUCCCAGCCCUUCAUGCCCAUCGGCCCGCCCAGCGAGCCCACCCACCUGACGGUGGAGGAUGUCUCCGACACCACCGUCUCCCUCAAGUGGAGGCCCCCCGAGCGCGCAGGAGCCGGAGGGCUGGACGGCUACAGCGUGGAGUACCGCCGAGAGGGCUCUGGCUCGGCGUGGGUGUCUGCCCUGCCGGGGCUGAUAGAGCGCACGUCGCUGCUGGUGAAGGACCUGCCCACUGGCGCCCGUGUGCUCUUCCGUGUGCGAGCGCACAAUAUGGCGGGGGCUGGACCCCCUGCCACCACCAAGGAGCCUGUGACGGUGCAGGAGUUGCUGCAGCGGCCUCGUCUGCAGCUGCCCAGACACCUUCGCCAGACCAUCCAGAAGAAGGUCGGGGAGCCCGUGAACCUCCUCAUUCCUUUCCAGGGCAAGCCCCGGCCUCAGGUGACCUGGACCAAGGAGGGGCAGCCACUGGCGGGUGAGGAGGUGAGCAUCCGCAACAGCCCCACGGACACCAUCCUGUUCAUCCGGGCCGCGCGCCGCGCCCACUCGGGCAUCUACCAGGUGACGCUGCGUGUGGAGAACAUGGAGGACAAGGCCCAGCUGGUGCUGCAGGUCGUCGACAGGCCAAGUCCGCCCCAGGACAUCCAGGUCGCAGAGGCGUGGGGGUUCAAUGUGGCUCUGGAGUGGAAGCCGCCCCAAGAUGAUGGAAACACAGAGCUCUGGGGGUACACGGUUCAGAAGGCAGACAAGAAGACCAUGGAGUGGUUCACCGUCCUGGAGCAUUACCGCCGCACCCACUGCGUCGUGUCGGAGCUCAUCAUCGGCAACGGCUACUACUUCCGGGUCUUCAGCCAUAACACAGUGGGGCCCAGCGAAAGAGCCGCCGCCACCAGGGAGCCGGUCUUUAUCCCCAGACCAGGCAUCACAUAUGAGUUGCCCAAGUACAAGGCCCUGGACUUCUCCGAGGCCCCCAGCUUCACCCGCCCACUGGUGAACCGAUCGGUCAUUGCCGGCUAUAACACUACUCUCUGCUGUGCUGUUCGGGGCAGCCCCAAGCCCAAGAUUUCCUGGUUCAAGAAUGGCCUGGACUUGAGCAAAGAUGCCCGCUUCCGCAUGUUCAGCAAGCAGGGAGUGUUGACUCUGGAGAUCAGAAAGCCCUGCCCCUUCGAUGGGGGCGUCUAUGCCUGCAGGGCCACCAACUUGGAAGGGGAGGCCCAGUGUGAGUGCCGCCUGGAGGUGCGAGUGCCUCAGUGACCAGGCUGGCUCCCUGCAGAUGGCCAGGUGGAGCUGGAGCCGGCCCAUAUGCCAGGAACCUGGAAGGAAGCUGGACAGGCCACCUUCCUACUGCUGGAUGUGUGUGCAAGUGUGUACACUGGAGUGGGGGGAGCACCCGUAGGGCAGCAUAGUCACUAUGGGCAGGCACAUUCUGACCUCAGAGCUCAUGCGGAAGCUCUCAGACCCUGUGUGAGCUUUGGAAGUGGUGGCUGGGGACGGGGCUCUCUGGCUUGCUGUGCUUUCUCAGUGUGUAAGGGCAAUAAAAGAGCGGUGCAGCCACCAAGAACUGA